AUUUAGUUAUUGUUUAUAAAACAAAUGCCAUUAUUUCGUUUAAAGUGGUCGGUCAACCGGUGAUUUUGCUUAAGAUUUUUUUUUUAAUUUAUAACAUUAUGGGUAUAAUGAGAGUGAUUUUUAUGAUGUUUUUGGUGAUUGAUGGGAUUUUAGCUAUAAUUCCCCCUUACAUAAAAGUCUGCAAAAGAACCGAUCCGAAUCUCUCCAAAUGCAUUAUCGACUCUAUCGAGUACCUGAGACCAAAAUUAAAAGAGGGAAUACCAGAGUUAAAUUUACCAUCAAUAGAGCCGUUACCUCUUAACGAAAUCAAACUAAGAAGUGGACCAAAUCAAGCUCAAAUCAACGCUAAUAUUACUCACUUGAUCGUUCAUGGUCCUUCGAGUUUUAAAAUUCUAGAUUUAAAGCCGGACUUAGCAAAAACGAGGUUCUUGGUGCAGUUUACUAUACCAACCCUGUAUUUUAAGGGCGACUAUGAUAUCGACAUGAAUGUACUUAUCCUAAAGUAUAAGGGGCAAGGGCCUUUAACAGGGAACUUUACUAAUUAUGUUUUCAAUUGUCUCCUGAAAGCUGAUAAGGUGACACGAAACAACAAGACCUACUUGCAGUUUAGAAACUUCACUUUGACUCUUGUUACUGGUAAGAGUUACCUGCAUUUAGGGAAUUUAUUUGGGAGCAAUGAUGCUGUACUAGGAAAAGCUACCAAUGCAUUUGUUGCCGAUAAUACUGACUUAUUUAUUGACGAAAUUAAGCCUGUUUUAGAACGAUCUUUAGCUGUGAAAUUCACCAAUAUCGCUAACAGUAUAACAGCGAUGUUUCCUUUCGAUGAACUAUUUCCAGUUUAAUAUCGGUCAAAGAAAAACUGGCUUAGGCAGUCUUAUUUAGAAUUUAUUAUAUUAAAAUUUGCAAUAAUAUAGCAAAAGAAGUUUUAUUUGAAUUAAAUUUCUUUGGUGAAAAAGCA